CGUACGUCGCAGGCUUCAGUCAGGCACGGCGGGCAGCAGACUGAGUAAGUGAGGCCGAGGUUCAAUAUCACUCGUUACAGGGGCUCGAUUAGAGGCGUUCAAACGUAUGCACAAGCUGCAAUGGAAAUUAGUUUUUGAGACAAAAAAAGAUACAGAAACAUGCCAGCAGCCUUACCCGUCAUCCCCUAGGAAGUGUCUUCUGUCAGGGGAGCCUGUAUGCUAGGUAGCUAGGCUAGCUAGGUCUUAUUGGUAACAGUCAUUGAGUAACAGCUUGGGGGGGCGUGGGUUGCUUCAGUGCGAUAGUCUCCUCUUGUCCAAGCUGGGGUCGUCUGGACGGUUCCUGAAUAUGAUACACCAUGAGUCAGAGGGACACCGUGGUUCAUCUCUUCGCAGGAGGGUCUGGAGGUACAGUAGGAGCCAUAUUGACCUGUCCGCUGGAAGUGGUGAAGACGCGUCUGCAGUCCUCCUCCGUCACCCUCUAUGUGUCUGAGGUGCAGCUGAGCACUGCCAAUGGGGCGAGUGUGGCCCGCAUGUCACCGCCGGGUCCCUUGCACUGCCUCAAGUUGAUCUUGGAGAAAGAAGGACCUCGCUCGCUGUUUCGGGGUUUGGGACCCAACCUGGUGGGCGUUGCCCCAUCCAGAGCCAUUUACUUCGCUGCGUACUCCAGCGCCAAAGAGAGGCUGAAUGGAGUCCUGGAGCCAGACUCCACGCAGGUGCACAUGGUAUCGGCUGGCCUGGCAGGCUUCACUGCCAUCACCGCCACCAACCCCAUCUGGCUCAUAAAGACUCGGCUGCAGCUGGACGCCAGAAACCGCGGGGAGCAGCAGAUGAGUGCGUUUGAGUGCAUGCGGCGGGUGUACCGUGCCGACGGCCUGCGCGGCUUCUACCGUGGCAUGUCUGCGUCCUACGCGGGCAUCUCGGAGACUGUGAUCCACUUUGUGAUCUACGAGAGCAUCAAGCGGCGCCUCCAGGAGGCCAAGGCCGCCCACCACAUGGAGGACGAGGAGGAGGCGUCCAAGGACGCCUCAGACUUUGUUGGCAUGAUGCUCGCCGCCGCCACCUCCAAGACCUGCGCCACAUCCAUCGCCUAUCCUCACGAAGUGAUUCGCACCCGGCUACGAGAGGAAGGCACCAAGUACCACUCAUUCUUCCAGACUCUCACCACGGUGCCCAGGGAGGAGGGCUUCCGUGCGCUGUACCGCGGCCUCACCACCCACCUGGUGCGGCAGAUCCCCAACACCGCCAUCAUGAUGUGCACCUACGAGCUGGUGGUCUACCUCCUCAGCGGUUAAACAACAACCUCGACCACCACGACUAGAAAACAAACAAACAGCGCAGUCAUUCAUCCGUGUUUGUGUAACCCCUGCCCCCUUUCCAUUUCGAAGAGUCGGACUGAGGAAAAAGAGUGUGAGAGAGAGGGAACCAACUCCCAUAUAGAACGGUAUGUGAAGAAGCGAGACCCCCUCUUCAGAUAGACAGCCUGAGCGCUGGGCUCACCCUGUGUCUUACUGAGGUCAAUUGGCUGCUUCAUAAAUGGGGAUGUGUCUUUCUCGGUUCCCAUGGGCAGCCUAAAACAUUGUGAAGUUGUUGGCCAAUGGUGUUGACCCCUGAAAACUUCUUGUUGCUUUUGAAAACGUUAUAAUUUGACCACCCUUCCUCUCUCUCUCUCUCUCUCUCUCUCUCUCUCUCUCUCUCUCUCUCUCUCUCUCUCUCUCUCUCUCUCUCUCUCUCUCUCUCUCUCUCUCUCUCUCUCUCUCUCUCUCUCUCUCUCUCUCUCUCUCUCUCUCUCUCUCUCUCUCUCUCUCUCUCUCUCUCUCUCUCUCUCUCUCUCUCUCUCUCUCUCUCUCUCUCUCUCUCUCUCUCUCAGGGGUUAUAGGGGCCACAUUACUGUACCGAAAAGUAUAUUUAAUUACGAUAACCGAGCCGAAGACAAUAAAUUAAGUUAAAAAAACUCCAAUACUAAUAAAAAAUAAGACAAAGUAAUCUCAUUGCUGGAACUUAGCCGGAAUUAAGUAUAGUGGCAGGAAACCAAACCAGAUAUUCUUGCCAUCUGAUAAUUUAGAUGCAUUCUUUGGCUUUGGGGGCCUUUCAGAAUAUUUUGUUUUUUUUGUCUGCAUGUUGGAUUCAGAAACUUGAAUGGCCGUUGCAGUGCAGCUGCCCCGCAUUGAUAAUCUGUAAGUGGUCGGGGGACCACUGGUGCAGUCUAGGGGGGGGGGGGGGCCUUCGUGCGUUGUGCUUUCUUGUGUGAACCGAGUAGAAAAGCACAAUGGAUGGCCGUGAUAGGGUUGUGGAUGCUCAUUCUCCUAGUGUUAAACACAAGGUGAGUUGUGUGUGUGGUCGCUGCUUGGACUCGAGGGAGCCUUUAUCGAUGAGUGCUAAGCAAACUCCCGGACCGAUGGCGAGCUCUGCGGUUCAUCCUCAACCCCCCGGGCCCUUAAGAUGUGCCAGAUGCUUGCCGUGGUCGAGGCGUGUAGGUGUCCCGAAACGUACCCGAUGUUUAACGCGUAGUUCUGUGAUUAUACCUCAUCAAAUAUAGAAUAAAGUAUCGGUUUAAAAGGCAGUGUUCAGACCUUACCUCUUCACAUGGAGUGCGCGUAUCACAUGGAGUCUGAGAUUUGCCGGCAGGCAGCAGUUUCUUAACCAACUGGAAUCUAAGAAGGAAAAACAAUAUCAUCAUUACUAAUAAGCCAUUAACUCAAACCAUUAACUGACCAAUUUGUGAAGCAUCCAAAAUAGACAAUUUAAACUAGUUAUUCUAUUGGCCACAGGACAUGCUUUAUAAUGAUAAAGUAUUUCAACAAAUGAAGGGUUGUUGUGGCCUUUUUAUGCGUUAAGUUAAAUGCAUAAGCCAGUCUUCCCACACGUCAUUUGCUUCUCCAUCAAGCUGUCGUCAUUAUUUAUGCACUUUUACAUUGCUUCUAGCAGUUGUAUGUGUUCUCUAUAUGUUAAUGUUGUAUUGUUGUGCCCUUUUUGCAAUCCAGGAUGGAUGACCAGGUCAAUCAUCUAAUUUACUCUUUUGUAUGUGUGCGUGCGUCAGGAUUUGUGUGUGAUGUUACACAACUGAGGCUGAACCCAUUCCUUGUUGAGCUGUUUUUAUUUUUUGCACCAUUGAGGGCCCUCAUCAUUUGACCUCUCAAAUGACGACCUCCCGUAAUAAAGAAGCGUCCUAUGUGAAUACCCUGAUCCUUUUCUAUGAUGCAUUUCACUCAAAGCUUAUGUUGAUGACUUCCAACCGGCAACAUGCACCCUCAUGCCCAACUCCCCGUCCUUAAUAUGCAACACACGUGCUACACUUUGUGCCGUCUCACCUGAAGCUAUACACGUAUCUGCGCCUGCUGCCCAACAUAUACUAUCUAGGCUUGACUAGAUUCUAGACUACUAAAAUACACUAGUUAAAUAUGCAAGUGAAUAUGGCUAUGGUCCACGUGACGCAACAUUGUUUAUUAUAAUGUUGCUCAGACUCCAGUGCCAGUAUCAGCUUGCAACUGUAGGGCAGGACCUAGACUUGGGUGAUCCUUUAUAUGUAAAGGCUAUGUUGGGUUGCUUAUGCUUUCUGUGGCUCGGGAUUACCAACCUCCCUGUUCGAUCUAAUUGGAAUUGUGUUAACCUUAACGAAAAUAGCAGCCUGAAGAUGGCUCAAAUUGGCAAUUAAACGUUUGCAUUGCGUCACCUUGAGGUGUGUGUGUAUGUGCGCGGGUGCGUGUUGGUGUGUGUCUGCGCGUUUGUGUUGGUGCGCUCGUCUCCACGUUGCGUCAUGUCUCUUUCAGUGUGUGUAUAAUUAGUAUGCAGUCGUUCUUAUUGCCACAAGCAGUGUUUUCAUUUGAAUGUGAGGUUGGUUUUCUGGCCCCCUUUUUUCCCAUGUCAUAUUCGAUGAGUAAGUGUGACUCUGUCUAUGCAUUCUCAUGCCUGUUUUUGGAAAACAUUCAAUAAAAUGGAAAGAAUGCACGUA